AUGGCAGACACAGACAGCAGAAUGGCUGACUCGCCAGAAGCCUCAGACGUCGAAGAAGUGGAAACUCCGGCAGGGCAGAUGAUGAGCAGUAGCAGUGUCCUCUCACCCCCGGACUCGCAACAUUCGCAGCAAGGCAACAGCAGCUCAAGCUUCGUUAACAUGCCCACUUCAGCUUCCGGUGUGGCGGGCGCAAAUGCCAAUGGCAAGCGACCCAUCACCACCAUCUCCAACGGCGCCGACGACGACAUACUGGAUGGUGGCAUGGCAGUCAAGCCGAAAGGCCCCGAUUUCCCGCCCCGGACGCACCAGCCGAGCGGUUAUACCUGGAGCCGAGUGGAAGACGAACCUGGCUAUGCCUGGCUGAACAAGAAGGCGAUGGACGAGCGGAACCGAGCGGUGGAUGCGUUGGUGCAUCGAGAGCAGGUUGUGAUGAACCGCUAUGGUGACCCGUUCGAGGCGGCUGAGCGGGAGCAGGCCUUGCUCAACAGCCUGAAGCAGCGAUGA